AUGGACUACUGGAGUGAUCCAGAUAAGAUCGACAACAUUGAACAUCUUAGGCAGAUGGAAGAAUCACUAAGUGAAUCCCUUAGCCAGAUUCGUAUUCAUAAGUAUCAAAAUGGGAUGCAUUCAUCUCUGAUGAUUGGUGCUAUGCAAGAGUCCCAACCCAUAUCAUGGCUUCCUAAUAACGAAAAUGACCAAUUCCUUGAAAUGAUUGUAAUAGAUUGGACAAUUUCUUAUUCCACCUGCAGGGAUGCAGUGUGUUCCAGAGACAUAUUACUUCCGAGCUAUUCUGGAUUGUUUGAGACCGCCAAAGAAACAGAUAUUGAUAAUAUGGGACAGAUUGAUAAUACGAGACAGGAAAGUUCUCUCAAUGAACCAAGUACUACAGAUUGCUUAAAGCUACAACUCAGUGAACAAUAUCCUUUCCAUGCAUAUAGCAAUCUGAAUUUGCCAACGAUGGGGAAACUAGAUGUUGGCACAGAAGAGAAUAUCCAAGCAGACCCUAUCAAUUAUCACAUCAAUAGCAGUUAUUAA